AGGAACUCCACGACCAGCGGACCAUUCAAAUAUAAACCAAAUCCAAAACAAAGUGAUAAUCCAAUCUAACAAAAACCAACACACAUACACAUCCAAUAUGCAGUGCACGCUCUCCCUCUCCGUGAUCGCAGUGAUUGCCCUAAUCUUCAGUCUGAACAUGACCCAAGGGGCACCCAUCAGCAGCAGCAGCAAUACAGCGGCCAUCCUCUCAGCAACAGAUCUCACCGGGGAGGCGGUGCGUCAGAAGCGAGCCAGUGCGGAUUACUACAGAGGCGACUACUUCAUCUGCUAUCCCAAGAGCGAGGUCUACGGCUAUGCCUACGGUGGCUCCCAACGGCGUUCGGAUGAUUCCGUGGCCAGGCCACCACACCGCCUGGCCGAUGACUCCUUUGAGGUCCGCAAGGAUCGAGCCGAUGCCAGACGCGCCGCCUACACUGAUAGCUACGGCAAAUAGGCGACUUGUCGGCACAGAACGACUGUAAUACUUAGAGUGUAGAGGAGUUGCACAGGUCUAGCUUUAUGAGUUGUACAAAAUAUAAUUUAUUAAUUUAUUAAAACCGUUUUGAAAAAAUA